AGUAAUAAUAAACCGCCCGCGAACUUGCUCGGUUGUUACUGGCGCCGCAGCUUCACACGACUAACGUCCAUCGCGUAAUAAAACAUGUCAGCGGUGGGGUUAGCUCUGUCGCGCCAACUCCGAUCUCAUUUUUCGGGAUUUAAAACAAUUUGCAAAGACAUACGAUGUCUGACCACUCCAGCAACGACAGUACAAUCCCCCCAGGAAUCUCCCGUGAAUAAUCCCCAGAGCCCCAAAAUUCCUGAGAAUGUAACACUCCGGAGUCAGGAGUCAGUGGUCCCCUCACAAUAUAGAUUCGUCUAUCCCGAGUUCCUCCCUGAUCCUACUCCAGGAUUCCGAAACAAUCUCCGGGAGAAACUCGAAAGGAUGGACAUGAUGGCAAGGAGAACUGUCCUUGACAUCCCUGAAUUUUAUGUUGGUUCGAUAUUGGCUGUUGAAUACUCAGAGCCUCAUGCACCAGGAAAAUGUAACAAAUUCGUGGGGAUUUGUAUCGAUAGAAAAGGCUGUGGUUUGAGGGCCAAUUUCAUCCUGAGAAAUGUUAUUGACCAUCAGGGGGUUGAGGUGAAAUUCGAUUUGUAUGAUCCUGUCAUUCAGAAAAUCGAUUGUUUGAGACUCGAAAAGAGACUGGAUGACGAAUUAUACUACCUCCGUGAUGCUCCCCUGGAGUACAGUACAUUCCCAGUGGACAUGGAGAUGGAACUCUUGCCAGAAGGUAGUGCAGUCCCCGUCAACACCCUCCAAGUACCCCUAAAGCCUAGGCCAUGGCUGAAGAGGUGGGAGAUAUAUCCAAUGAAGGGAAUUGUGCAGAGUACCAUCAUUACUACUCCGAAGAAGUGGCUGCGAGCUGAAAAGUUGAAGAAACCUUGGGAAAAAUACGACAUCAUGAAGACAUACAGAUCCACCAUCCCAGAGGAAGAUCAACAAGCCAUUUAUUCUGAAGUCUAUACCAAAUUACAUGCAUUAGAAAUUUCCAGGAAGAAGAUGAAACGUAAGCGUGGAUUUAUGCGGCCAACGAAGGACCAAUAAGCCUUAUAAAAUAUACUACUGAUUGAAUUCUUGUUUAUAAAAAAAAAAUCUAUAGACCAAAGGGGCAAUAAAUCGCUUCAAUUCUGUAA